AACUGUCACUGCCUGAAAUCUACUAUUGCUGCUUUACUGGAGCUCCCAAAAUGAAGAAGUUAUGCAGGGACCCCCCUCCCGUGCAAGAGCUGGAAGCACUUCUAGAAAACUACAAAGGGGUUACACACCACGUGGAUGAAGUUAUCCCAAAUCUUUACCUAGGGGAUAUAGUGAUUGCCAGUGACAAAAAGAAGUUGAAGAAGAUGGGCUUCACCCACAUCCUAAACGCAGCUCAUGCUUCAUGGGAAUGCACAGGAGAUGGCAUUAACUAUGGCCCUGACAUCCAGUACUAUGGCAUUACUGCAGAAGAUUGUCCAGAAUUUAACAUGAGUGUAUAUUUUAAACGAGGAGCACAGUUUAUUCACCAAGCCCUUAAUACAUCCAGUGGGAAAGUGCUUGUACAUUGUAUUCUGGGGAAAAGCCGCUCUGCCACAUUGGUCCUGGCGUACCUUAUGAUCUAUCAAGGCUAUUCCCUAGUAGAUGCCAUCCGUCAUGUCUCUGAGCAUCGUUGUAUUGCUCCGAACCGAGGAUUCCUGAAGCAAUUGCAACAGCUCGAGAUGGAAUUGCACCAUUCAUUUUGGAGGUGCUCUAUGCUUUAAUAUGAAAUACUGUGGCAAACAGCAAAACAGAAGUUUACAAUUAUUCUAGUUAAUGUGUAUUUAGAUCACAAUGAUUCAUAAAAAGCUGUAACAAAAUCUGAUUCACGCUUCUUACAUGUGUGGACUAUUUUUUUCUUUUAAAUGAAGCAAAAUGUUAAAUUUAUUAGAAUUUUUGCAUAA